AUGGAACGUCAAGGCGCCAGAUACUUCAUAAGGAUGCUCGAACUCUUCUGCGAAAAGUAUGAUCUGGUACUUCCGAAUAACCGCCUCACAGAGCUGAUAGACAUUUCCAACGAGAUCGUAAGAGCAUUUGGGGAUAAUAGAUACGACCCAGAUGACGCUAUCGAAUCUUCCUUAGAACUGCUCGAAUCCUGGUCAAGUGCGCUCUCGUCCCAGCGAAAGAAGCUCCGUCAGCGACUCGUUGAUUUUCAAGACGCUGUUCUGAUCAAUGAUUUCGACGAGUUUGUUGAUAACUUCAACGUUCCGGCGAGAGUCACCGUGGAUGCAUUUGAAGAGCCAGAACCGUCAAUCGAUUUUGCAUCCCGACCAAGCGAUGACGAGGUCGCGCAAAACUUCCACCAAGCUCUUAACAAAGACAUUUUCGACAAAGAAGAGCUCCAAGAGAAGAUCUUGACCGAAGCCGAAGCCGGCCCUUGGACUGAAGUAACAAGACGCAAGAAUAAGCCAGUGAAACGUGCUCCCAUCAGAAUAACUCCCGAUGAGCAGCUGGCGAAUCUCUUUCCCGAACACUCCAAGGCCGUAAUUGACAUGGCUCUUAUCGAGUGCGGGACUGUAGAUGAAGCGGCAAUCUAUCUCAUGAACGUGCAACCAGACAAAGCCCAGAAGAAGAAGCACUCAUUCUCCCGUUCUUUGGAGAAGCUCGAGACUCAACUAUCUCGAUCACCUUUCGUCGAGCGAGAACUUCGAUCUCACAUUCCCUGA